AUGGAGACUAUCGAAUGCUCAGACGGCGAUACCCGCACCGAAAAAGAAAUCAUCGUCAAGUUAAUCGUUGCUCAUUUCACAGCUAUUGUUGCUUUCUGCAACUUCCAAUCUCUUCGCAACGAAAAACUAGACACCGUCGAACCACUCCUAUUUCUUCUAUCACCGCUGCUAGUAAUAGUCCAAACGGGCCUCGGAAUUGUCAUAAUUAUCAUCUCAUUUUUCACGGAUCUUGCUGUAUCGCCUAAGCUAUAUCUCGACCAUCUUGCAACUGUUUCCCGACGAUGGACCGCUCUAUUCGGAACCAAGUCUCGUGAUACACCUACUGGCUCCCGCUUGGGACGAGCUUGGAUAAGGCUUGGAAGAACACUAGCCAUCUUUGCAACCCUCUUCCAAUUCGCAGCUACGAUAUUUCUCUAUCGGCGCCGAAAAGAGCUACACGGCUCGGAGGCACUUACAAUAGUCGACCAUCGAACCUUUGAACUAUCUGUCGGCGGCGCCGCUGUUUCCGUUUUAUCACUUGCUCUCAUCCUCAAGUUCCCUGGUUUCGGGCGAACACCAGAAACCCCGUAUACACCGGAGAUUGAAGCAGAUACAGAUACAAAGAUCCUCUUCUGCCGCGGCGACUCACGACGCUGUCCUAGCUGGUAUCAGAUCCUCUACGCUACAGAUAUUGGUUCAGGAACCUCGGCUGCGACGUGGCUAGCUUGCGUUUCGUCUUCAACUUACAAAGGCGAAUCCCUUCUUCUCUCAUACGUAUCCAAGGUCUAUUCUGGAAUUUACAAAGACGCCUCCCACACACUUUCACUCGACGUCUCAAUGCCGAUAUUUUACCUCUUGGUUGCAGCCUUCUUUGGUGUCUUUUUUACUUUUUCGCAUUUAUGCAAAGAUUCGGGCUUCUCUAAGAGACUGAGCAAUAGCCUCUGGGUGCUGAUACCAGCUCUUCUCAUCCUGGUAGUCGCUAUAGUUGCCUUUAUGUGCAUGGUCAUACUCAUGGUGGUGCCUAUAUCUCUUUAUCUGGUCCCUUCUGUUCUUAGCGGUCCUGGAUGUAUUUUCACGAUGAAGGGCUUGGAGAUUCGCGAUGUAUUUUCUCAGCCGCCCUUUGAAGUGUCGACAAACAGGACUGAUUGCCUUUUGCUUUGGAAGGAUCCAGCGGCGGAUUAUUUGUGGUCGCUUGUAUAA